UACAAGGCAAUGCUAACAAACUAAGUAUAAUCAUGUAAGAUACAUUUUAUCUACUUUAAAGGUUUUUUAAACCAAGAUUUUAGUAAAAGGAGGAAGCGGAACCGACUCUCAAACAACCUAACGAUUUCUGCCUGAUCAUCACAAGACACCCAAGCAUGUGAUAUUGAUCAGGCUAUGGAGACCACUCUCUCUGUCAUCAAAGAAUAAACGGUGUCUUUCUCCUAGUUCGAACAAUGCAGACAGUUAAAACCGGACUAACUUGACUCUCGUCGAAAUGGUUCACGUAUACAACUGCCACCCUUUCGCAUCUCAGCAAAUUGUGCCAACCGAACAGGAGCCCGGACUAAUUUGCUCCGGUGGAGGUGCCCUGUUUGUAGUGUCCGCGGGGGGAUGCAAGAUCGAGGCAUAUCAAAUACAGGAGGAGGGAUGCCCACUCAUCUGCCGUUUCGCUACAAUGGGCACAGUACACAGUAUUCUGCACAGUCAAAUAGGUGACUAUCUUGUUACUAUCGAGGAGAAGAACAAAGCCACAUACCUCAGGGCAUACACCAACUGGCGCUACCAGGCAGCGGAGAAAACCCGGGUUGGUGUGCGUCUACUGGGCCUUAUCCUCCGUGGGUCCUCCUUCCGUGGAGCUCCCAAGGAACAGAUGGAGAUUAUCGAGAUACCGCUGGUGGAUGCGCCACUGUGUGUGGCCUGCUGCCCUCUCACGGGGGACCUUCUGGUGGGUUGCACCAAAAGCUUGGUGGUCUUUAGCUUGAGACGAGUGGCUGUGAACGAACAGCUCUCCGUGCUGGAUUUUGAGAGGUUCCUGAUCCUGCAUAUUCCCAACUGGAGCCCUUCCCAGGUGGCCCUCUGUGGCGGAUAUGUGGCCAUGCAGAUGGAGCUGGAAGUACUGGUGGUCAGACUGGAACGCCUGCAGAAGAACUCCCAGCAGACAGAGCGACAUUCUCUGCUUCCCAGCGAUAUCCUGUCAGGAGCUGACCAGGUCAACCCUGGAGAGGCAAAAAAGGAUGGCCCGAGUUCCCAUGAUGAGGCAGAUGAUUUUUUCAUGUUACCAAAACAUCAAGAGAUGCUGGGUGAGAAUGCAAAAGACUGUGGCAUCUCCGUGACCUUAGAGUUGACGGGAAUGGAGACGGAGACCGGGGACAGCAUGGGGGUGACCUAUGUCCUCUACAGGCGCUUUGCUCCUGAUUUCUUCCAAGGUUGUAGCGUGGAGGACACUUGUUUGCAUUCCCUGCAACUGCUUCCCAUGUUUACUAAGGGUAACCAGGAAGGGGCUAGCAAUGCCAAAGCCUCAGAGCCAACAUGCAUAUUCUGUUUCUUCUCCCUGCCUAACACUGGCUACAUGUACAGUCUGAAGAACACAGUGGAGCUCAUCUCUACUUACCAGUACCCAGAGAAAGCCCUUCAGGCAGUGCUUACUGUCCGGUUUCUCCACGUCAUUACCAGGAAUGCUCUCCAGUGCUUUUCGGUGAGGUGCAGUGCACUGGCAUCUCGAGCUGAAGACGCCUACAUUGAUACUACCAUGAGGGCGUGUCCUCCGUUUACUAUGGAGGUGUGUGCCCUGCGCAUCCAGGUCUUCAUUGGCCUGAAGGCUCUGUGCUUGGACCGGGAUCAUGUCGUCCUUCUCACGGCCGCCAGCGUGGACAGUAAAGAGGAAACGGAGAGGGCUGCCCGAAGGACCCCGUCCAGAAAGACCUCCGUGUCCAAACCCAAGGAGCCAAGUGAGAGUGGCCAUGGCUGGAACCUCUAUGUCGUUAACACCGUGUCCACUCUACAGCUCUACAGAGAGAUAGUGGAGUACAGUAGGAAGUACGAGCUGACCACUCCGCUCUCUCAGAGUUUUGUCCACCUGCUGAGUGAAGCCCACCUCCUCCUGCGCGAGGCUUUGCUGGACCCCCGCCUCGGCACCGAUGAAUCCGCGGAUGGAGCAGAGCUGAGGCAGGCUUUCCAGGAGAGCUGCGCCCAGCUGGGAGACUGUUUUAGCAGGGUGGACAAGCGAGAUUGCCAUUUGGCCCUGCCUUACUAUAAGAUGUCUGGCCUGACCAUGACGGAGGUCAUUGAGAGGAACCUGGCAUUAGCUGGCGGCAGAGCGGAGUAUGGCAAGGGCUUCAUCUUCUUCCUUAAGCACUCGCUCUAUGAGGAGACCGCGGAGGAACUCAGUGAAGAGACGGCCAACAAAGUCCUUGACAUCUUUAGCGUGGCCGAGCCCACCCAGCUGCCCCACGUGGUCAACAGCCCCUUUUUAUGCAACGCCAGCCCGGCCUGUGCCCUGUCCAAUCUGGGCCGCCUGGAAGUCUCCAGCGCUCCCUCCGUCACCCUCACCUUGUGCCAGGCUGCGCUGGCGCUACGUAUGGGUGAUCUUCACCUCUACAGACAACAGAUGGACCGCCAUGCAGAGAUGCUGCAGGUUUAUGGCUUCAUAGAAGAACCCAAUCUGUUGCUCCAUGGGCGUGGGAAGGCAGUUCAACCCACGGCGUUUGCACGACACCUGAGGGACACGCAGGCUGGUCUGCUGGUGGCAGCCACAGUGGCCCUGCAUGAGAACAGUAAAGUCAAACUGGACGAGGCUGAUCUCUUCCUCCAGGAGCUGUGUGAAGAGGAGGUGCAGGCUAGCCCACAGUUGUUGGUUGAUUUCUGGGAGGCGCUGUUAGUGGCCUCCUCUCAGGAGGCCAUCAUCCAGGAGCUCCUGUUCCGUCUCUCCUCCGUCUACAUUGAUCGCCUCACCCACAGGGACCGCACGGGCAUCAAACCCCUUAAAACUGCAGAGGACCUGAUUAACUCCUGCUGUCAUUAUGGCAUUGUCUUCCCGUGGCUGAACAUCCUCACUCCAGCUCACCUCAGCAUUACCCAUGACUAUCAGGAGGAUCUGCAGAAACUCCAGUCUCUGCUCUGCGGCCCCACGCUGGACGUUUCGUCCAUCUUGCCUCUGCUGGAGCAGUUGUCGGACACGGAUAACGCUGGUCUGAGCGUGCACGUGCUCUGUGCCACCAAGCUCGGCCAACACGAGAGCUCCAUCGAGCGUCUGCUCGACCGCUGCCCCCAGGCCAUCAUCCCCUAUGCCAACCAUGAGCUACAGAACGACAAAAUGGCACUGUGGUGGCAGAAACUGUUCCCCGAGCUUUGUGAGAGAACACGAGGAGCUGGAGGAGAAAACGGCACUUUAUUAUCAGCUCUAAAAGAAACACUGGUGGUGGUUGCCAUGGAGCUAAACCCGCUGGAGCUGCUGGACCUGUUGCCUGAUGACGGGACCGCGCGGUUCUUUCUGCCCCAUCUGUUGGAAUGCAGCCAAAGGCAUCUGAUGACCUGAGCACGGCGUCACCGUCUGGACGCUGCUCGACAAUCAGCUUAUACUGCAAAAGACUGAACAAAGAACUAAAUGCCUAAAACACUAACUGGAUUUAAGACGUGCUCUACUACAUUCACAACAGAUGACGGAAACUUUAUGGCAUGUACCUAAACUAUGGACCCAAAUCCAGUGUCCUGAGCCUGUAAAAAUGUCCAUCUCAGUGCACCUCAGUUUUUUCAGAGUAAACGGUGUUUUUUAUCAUUCCAUAUCCUCUUGCUAGACCUGGACUGUACUGGACAAAUAAUAGGUUUAAAUCAUUCAGGAAAAGAGGAAAUUAGACAUUGCCUUUCCCUCUGAAGUGGUAGAAAACUUGGAGAACAGAUAUCUGGUAUGUAGAUGCAGUACAUACACUAUAAAUAUACUGAUUAAUGAAUCUGUAAUAACAUUCUGAAUUAGUCACUGCAGACUUUUUAGAAAUAAUGUAGCAGCUAGCAUAUACUGUAGUGGAUAUUACUGGAAUGAAUGUCAUUUUCUGAGAGAGAGAAGUAAAGUGAAAGUGAGAUGGCAAAAAUGUAAAGAAUAGAGUCUCUGAUGUUCUUCAUAAUCAUUUGUUUUUGUGUGUGUG